AUGCAAUCUAAUAAUUUUAGUUUGGUGACAGAAAUAUUUCUCUUGGGAUUUCAGAACAUACUGAAUUUUAAGAUUUUCUUCUCUCUUCUGCUUCUGAUCAUCUUCUCUGUGACAGUAUGUGGAAACCUCCUCAUCAUUCUAGCGGUGUCCUACAGCCGAUCGCUCCACUCUCCCAUGUACUUCUUCCUCACACAGCUAUCCUUCUCGGAUAUCCUCCUUACCACCAUCAUAAUACCUAACAUGCUCCACAUUUUGCUCUAUGAAGGAACGCCUGUGUCUUUUAUCGGCUGCUUAAUACAAUUUUACCUGUUUAUAGCCACAGAGGCAUUUGAAUGCCUUCUCCUGACCGUGAUGUCCUAUGACCGGUAUCAGGCAAUCUGCAACCCUCUACAUUACACCACAGUAAUUGACAAUUCAUUCUGUCUAAAAACCAUUUUGGUAAUCUGGUUGAUCAUUUUUUGCAUGAUUUUGAUGUUUUCUGUAACAAUGAGUCAAUAUCAAUUCUGUGGACCCAAUGUCAUUGACCAUUUCUUCUGUGAUUUGGAUCCCGUACUUGAACUUUCCUGCUCAGAUACUUCUUUAGUCAAAAUAGAAAGUAUGAUAUUGGUUAUACCUAUAGUCUUGUGCCCAUUUACUGUGAUCAUUGUCUCAUAUGUGUACAUUAUCUUCACUAUACUGAAGAUUCCGUCUGUGACCGGGAGGCAGAAGACCUUUUCCACCUGCAGCUCUCACCUAGCUGUAGUGUCUAUAUAUUACGGGACAAUCAUUACUAUGUAUUUAUUAUCAAAUACGGAGGGUGUAAAGAAAAUUCUCUCCUUGUUCUACACGGUUAUCACUCCAAUUCUGAACCCUGUUAUAUACAGUCUGAGUAACAGAGAUAUUAAGCAAGCUUUUAGAAAGCUAUUGAGCAAAGUGUCUUCUGGCCUUCAAACAAGUUGGCUCAGAGGUAUGCCUCCUUUGUAA